AUGGCUCGCGUUUGCAUGCUGCUACUUCCAAGACCAGUACGAGCGGGGUUUGGAAGAAUCGUUCGACAUGCCUCGCAGCCAACGCGAAGAGAGGCGCCGAUGAAGAGGAGAGCCGCAGAGAAGGAAGUCGUGGAUGGCAUGCCGGCUUCGGCCAAUGAUGUGGGCAUGCUCAUCCUCGCGUGGGAGUUUGUCAAACCGACAGGCUUAAAGUUCCAAGGUGACGACACAAGUGGUACGGCCUUCGGCUUCAGCAAGGGCGUUGCCGCCCAAUCCAUUGAUGAAAGCAUGGUGCUGCCCCACCGAAGCAGCUUCGCUGGCUUCGCAAACUUGGAUGAUGGCAAAUGGACAUGGGGCACCUGCUCAUCGUGUUGGGAUGAAAACACGAUCCAAGGCAAGGAUUGUGAAAGCUACACUACGACCGAAAAGGUACCCGUCGGAGACGUUUUUGUUCAAGGAAGUGGCGAAUGCGAUCAGCUAGGUUUGGGCGAUGAGAGGCGGAAGCCAAAGAAGCCCAUGCUCUUCAAGUCUCUGAUCAGGAACAGCAUUCGCGAAAUCGCAGUCGGUGGCAGGCACGUUCUUUGCCUUUCCACAGCGAGAGCUGUUUACAGCUGGGGCUGCAACGAUGAUGGAGCCCUGGGCAGAGCUCCUUCCAAUGGUUCGGACGGUGGCCCGUCGGAUGUGGAGCCGCAACUGGUGACGAUGCCAAGUGGAGUCGCAGGUCAUGUUUCGCGUGGAGACUGCCACAGCUGUGGGUCUGGUUAG